AUGAGAUCGGUCACAGCUGCCCUUUUAUGGGCAUCCAGUCUGGCGCACGCUGCCAUCAACCUCGACGGCUCCCACGCCACGAAACCCUUAAGUAAGGACGAUCCUUCGCCAAUUGGUGACCCUACUACCUAUUAUCCUGACCAGCAUGACUGUCCGCUACCAUGUGUCGAUUAUGCAAAUACCCAUAGCUGGAUCCCAUAUUUCUCCGUGGCCCGUUUACACCGUUGCCAUGAGCCGAUGCUACUACAAUUUUCUAUCACGCAGCCCCUGGAUGACUCAGCCUCGACUAUACUCAUACGUAGCUGCAAUGCGGGUAAUGCUUCGUCACCAGCCAUUUUACGUGCUGCGAAGCCCGUUCCGAACCCUAAGCACUCAAAGGAUUUAUUCCAGAGGAGCCUCGAAACUGCACCAGCCUGUAUUACUACUGGUACUGAAGUUCCGGAGAAGCUGCAACUAGCUGUCGGCAAUGGUACUGAACAAGAUAACAGUGGUGAACGAUACGGUGGUCACAUUGGCGGCCUACUCGAUAAUAUGGAGAAGUUUUUCAGUGCUAAAGACAACUGUGAUGAGAAUGUCUUAUUUUCCUACCACAAUAAGACAGUUGUGAGUGUCUAUAUUGGUUCUGGCCUAGGCAAAGCUACUGCACAAUCAGCGCUUAAAGCUUUAGCUAGCCGCCUACGGAAUGGUGAUACUGUUUCUAAUGUGGUCGUCCAGCUCUGCGGUAGGGGCCGCCAGCCUGAGCGAGUUUUUGGCAUCUCCAUUGACACCACAGGUAAUCUUGCAGCGGUCCAGAAGGCUGCCUUGGAGUGGAGUAAAGGCAAAUGUGUAUUAGAUCUGGAGUCUGUAGGAGAACUUACAGGCGCUAAAGUGAUGGAUAUUGUUGGCACUAUCGGUAACACGACUACCGUCUCUCAUAGAGAUACUCACAAAAGCCGUCGACUUCUAAGAACUAUCCACAACUUACUGCACAGAAGCUUCCUGGGCAAGCGUGAUGCCCAUCGGCAGAUUCAGGUCAUGCCCGGUGACAGCUGCAGUUCCCUUGCUAUACGAUGCAAGAUCUCGAGUUACGACUUUUUACAAUAUAAUCCUAAGCCAAAUUUAUGCUCGACAGGUCUUCAGGUCGGGAGUUAUGUCUGGUGCUCGGCCGGUGACCAACAUGAACCCCCAAAACCCCCCGCACUACAGGCUCGGAACGGAGAUACCUGCGAUGCCAUAGCCAGGAAAAAUAGUACGGAAAUUAAGAAGAUUUCGGGACCACCUUCAGCUUUCCAGCGGAUAGGUUAUUAUGAGGCUUAUGGGCUUAAAUGUGACUGUUUAUGGCUUAAGGCGAAAGAUGCUAAUACCAACAGCUCCUAUACCCAUAUCCACUGGGGUUUUGCUGGUAUUGAACCUGAUACCUGGAAGCCAGUCAUUAUGGAAGGCAAGAGAGCUGCCCGUAAUUGGAAGGGCGCUUGCUUCUUUGGCCCAGUCCGAGAACUGUCAAACAGUGAAUUCGCGGUCAAGGUCAAGGCUGCGAGAAUCACGUCAACAGUAGCUAACAAUGCGAUGACGCGGACCUACGCGCUCGUCACCGUCACUUCGCGGCCCGAGUUUCUCUUUGACAGCUGGGAACAGUCGGCUAAUCCACCGUUUAAUGAUGGGUUAAACGAUAACCCCUGCUGGCCCUCGGGUAUCGCUGCCGCAGACCCCGGAUUUGCCCUCUUGACGUACGAUCCCUAUUAUAACGGCCAGCUUCCACCAUACAACUAUAGGAUACCGUAUGUCAAGGGCUCAAACGGAUCUUAA